AUGUCCGGAUCCCCGGGCUCGGGUGGCUCAAACCCCAGGAAGUUCAGCGAAAAGAUAGCGCUGCACAACCAGAAACAAGCAGAGGAGACGCGGGCCUUCGAUCAGCUUAUGACAGAUCUCACUGUCUCAAGGGUAAGCAGAUCCCUGUCUAUAAAUAUCGAAUUAUUAAGUGUGAUUAUUAGUGCAUGAGUUGUCUCAAACUAGAUAAGAAUGCCAUGUUUAUUUUGAUCAAGGAAGUUGGACAGGCAAUCCCGCAAGGUGUGAAUGCUCUCCGCUGUCAAGCAGCGGGGCACCUGUCAAACUUGUAAAACGAAUUACAAUUCAUUGAGGUUAUAGUUAGGCAGGCUACUUCGAAAUAAGGCUAGCUGUUAAAAAAAAAAAUACCCCUAUGGUUAUUGUUUAGUAUAGAACUACAAUGACUGUAGUUAACAAUGAGGUUGUUUUUAAUACUUACAACAAGGAGAAUCAUAAAUCGAUGUUAAAUUCAUCAGGAUUGUUUGGAAAUAUAUUUAGCCUAAACAGGGGGCUAUCAAUCGAUGGCUGACAGUUCACACUCACUAAUUAGACAUAGGCCAUCAUUGAUCACUGCCUUGUGUGUGAUGUCAUCUGAACAGAAACAUCACCAGUGAACAUGCUUUCUGCACCACCCACUCUUGCACUAGUCAGCCUAUUCUUGUAUGAAAUGAUUGGUUAAUAACCAGCCAGCAGCUGCAUAUUCUUUUAUGAGUCAUCAUUAGCAGCAAUGUGUUGUUGUCAUAUGAUGAUGUAUAGAUGGCAAUUGUAAUGGCGCCUCUAAUUUUGCCUGCACAAUAUACUGUGGCUUAGCUACAUUCCCCUGUAAUCAUCUGUUUGAAUAAACCAUUAUGUUGCAUUUUUUUAUACAGAGAAGUGAGAUCUUCAGACCUGACUUUUCUGCACUGAAAGGGACCCAAACCGCUAAUUAUGUGCAGAUCUCAUCCAUUUGACUAUUUAUUACAUUUACAUUUUAGUCAGUUAGCAGACACUCUUAUCUAGAGCAACUUACAGUUACUAAUGUUAAUGUAGCUAGGCUAAUUUUGAGUUGGGCAGCACUUUACAUUUGUCAGGACAAUUGCAUUCUACAACACCCAAGGCCAGUUUACUGUUAGGCUGCAUCAAGGUCUCAAAUCAAUCCCCUCUAUUGUGAACGAGCAGCUCUCACAUUGCUUUACAGUGGGACACACACACACACACACAGUCAUGCUGCUCUUAUCUUCAAUAGAGCCCUCGAGGUCUCUCCUGCAUUUAUCUUAAUGGAGUAAAAAGGCAGAGUUAUUGGGGGCGUUGGGUGACGCAUGCCUGGUUUUGCUCAGUGUUGGUAGCCUGCAACCGUUGGAGGUUGGCAGGUUGAAUGUAAAGAUGGCAAGGGCAUCCUUGUAUUGGGGACUUAUUUGCUGAGGAAUGUAACUGUUUUCUGGGUGAUUUGUGAGGUUUUAUUUGCGCUUCCCAUGACUGUGUUUUUGUAUUUUAAUGUGUGUGUAAAAUAAAAUGAAUGGCCAAAGCUUGCAGGGAACCUUGUGUAGACAUACCAGGCCUGCCUCAUCUGCUAACUACUCAUAACCAGUUCACCAUGUGUAUCCAGCUAGCUAGGAAGGACACUUCUUGUGGGUCUGAGUCACUUGAAAUGUACCAGCUUUGCAUCCAAUGUCAUAUUUAAAUGACUUAUAUUAAGAAGCAGAAUGGAAAGCAGCAUCGUUCUUGUUUGGAACAAUCGGUUGACUGCAUUUAACCUUACAGAACAGCAAGCAAACUUAUAGUGAAUCUAACAGCGAGGAGGAGGAACUGUGCUGCUUGAGUGACAGGGGAGGCGCCAGGCCCCCAGUGUCCGGUCUGGAGCGUGAAGUCAUUAGCUCUGCUGGUCGGCUACUGCGUAGCAAACUAGCAGUGCCAAAGCCCUGGUCUGCCCUAGAAAGCCUAUGUCAAUUACGAUCGCCAGAACGGCCAAACCCAAAAAAUGUAGGCGCCUGUUUUGAGCUCUAAAAGUAGUUUUUCUUAUUUUGAUCAAGUCCAACUACGAAUUAUUUUAAAGUUCGCUACAAAUCGAGAUAUUUAAUUAAAUAGUGAUCCAUUCCGACUACAACAUUUGUCGUCACACAGGACCACGUGCUGACACACCAAUCACGGUCCGGCAGGCUACGAGGAGGCUCGCGCCCUCAUGCACGUGUCUCUCAUGCAGGAUGAAAACGACUACAUCGACCAUGAUCCUUUGCUAGUUACGGCCACUUUCACUAUUUUUCUAAUGUAUUAUUUUGUUGUGCUAUUCAGCCCCAUUCAGCAAUAAGGCACACUUCAAAUACUUCCCGCUUCAUGCGCCAUCGGGAGUUUUCCAUGGGAAUACGUGGAUGAAGUCACCAUCUACUGGUUUUAAUGUCUAUGGGAGGCACUUGGUGUGUGUGGGAAGCAGCCGCAAGAGGAGGAGAACUGAGUAAACUAUAACAAAUGUUGCAAGUGGCUGAGAUGCGUUUCAGAAUAUUGCAUGCGAUAUAAAUCUCUUUUAAUGUGGAUAUCGCACAUGUCACUAUUGCGAUUUCGAUGUGAAUUUGAUUAAUUGUGCAGCGCUUUAUAUGCAGUGCAUUCGGAAAGUUUUCAGACCCCUUGACUUUUUCCACAUUUUCUUACUUUACAGCCUUAUUCUAAAAUUGGUUAAAUAAAACAAUUUCCUCAUCAAUCUAAAUACCUCAUAAUGACAAAGUGAAAAGAGGUUUUAGAAAAUUUAGAAAAUGUAUUAAAAAUAAAACAGAUACCUUAUUUACAUAAGUAUUCAGACCCUUUGCUGUGAGACUCAAUUGAGCUCAGGUGCUACUACACGCACACAGUCAAGAAAACUGACAUGAUCUCCUGGGAAAAAAUAUAAAGGUUCCAUUCAUGUUAUUUCCAUACCAUCGGUUCACAAUGUCUUCUUUUAUGAGAGGCCAGAGUUGGAAAUGGCCAGUUAAAGGAGAUGUGGUUUGGAGGCUACUCCGAGUGAUGUUGCCCAUAAGGUAUGAACUGUUGAUGACCCUUGAGAGACAGAGGCCCAGUGAGUGGGUUGCAGCAAACGGCUGUAAUUAAAACUCUCUGUUUCAACAUUCACAACAGGCCAUUACAGGCUGAGUUGAAAGUGCUCGAAUGGCACUGAGUUGGUUUGUUUUAGGGCUGGGAAUUGCCAGGGAUCUCACAAUAUGAUAUUAUCGCGAUAUGUUGGUGCCGGUACGAUAUGUAUUGCGAUUCUCACUAUUCUAUACAGUGAGCUCCAAAAGUAUUGGGACAGUAACACAUUUUUUUGUUUUGGCUUUGUACUCCAGCACUUCUAUUCUUAUUUACAAUAAGUGACUCCAAAAUGACACAAUGCAUUAUUUACCAUUAAUUUCUAUUAGGCACAAAAUAAUCUGAAACACAACCAAAACAAACAGCAAAUGCAUCCAAAAUGUGUAGUCACAAGCUUGAUGUAGUCAUUGCAUGCUAUGGAUGUGGGACCAAAUACUUAACUUUUGACUACUUUAGUACACAGAAGUCAAUGUGUCCCAAUACUUUUGGUCACCUAAAAUAGGGGGACUAUCUACAGAAAAUGCUGUAAUUCUCUAAAUGCUUCAACCGAUAUUGUGAAGAUACCCUCAAAUUAAAGCUGACAGUCUGCACUUUAACCUAAUUUCCAAUCCAAAGUGCUACAGAGCCAAAACAAUUGCAAUUUGAUACUGUGACUUUAUUGCAAUUUGAUGUUCCAAAUAUAUUGCUCCUGCAGAGGGAUGCGAGAGCCAUGAGAAAACAAGUUUUGAUCAGUCAUGGAAUUAAAGGUGCUUAAAACAAAUUGGCUCCCUAUUUAAAAAGAUGGAGAACAAGCUAUGAAGGAAAAAUACUGGAGUUUUGGUGCAGGUACAGCAAAUUAGUGCAAAAAUAAUAUUGUGAUAUUGUCAAAAAUAAUAUCCCUAUAUGUAACUAUCAAUUUAAAUUUUGCCCGUCACUAGUUUGUUUUUACCUGAAGGUAAACUGCUACUGCUUUCCCACCGCUGUAGGUAGUAGACCAGGCUAUUUCACUGAAUGGUGUAGGAGUUUGCCUGCUAACUUGGAUAAACGCAUAGGGCAGUCUACAUGUAGGUUGACACAGGUUUUUCUGGUUUGUAUUGAAAGCAAAGUGUUCAUGUGUCUUUUUGAACUAGGAAAUAUGAAGUUGUUGUUGUUGCACACUCUUUAGGAAAGUAAGCUAGCAAAGUCUGUUCCUGCUUUGUGAAAAAGGUCUACACCGGUGCUUCAUGGUCUGCAGAUGCUUUCUGCUUCUCCUAUGUUGUUAAUCUGCAGUUUGUCACUAAGGCCCUUGUAUGAGUUGUUGUGGAAAUCGCCUGGAUUGCCUCCUUUUAACCCGUGGGAAUGAUGCCACCGCAAGGUCUUCCACAUUUUGUCCCUCUGUGCCUUUUAUGAAUACUAUUAUUGGAUACUCUGAGGAGCUGGAGUGUGUGUGUUUGUGUGUUCUGUUUUUUUUUUUUUUUUUUUUUUUUUUUUUUUUGGGGGGAUGGAUCAGCUUAAUAUUGCAGAUAGAUUGUAUCUUCUAUCAAUGUAAUUGUCUGCAUCACUUCCAAUCCCCCAUGUUUAUUUUUAUUUUUUAUAUAUAUAUUCCCCUUUAUUACUUUUCAACCCCACCAUCCUUUCCCUACUUGGAGUAAAUUAGUGAACAACAACGCCCAGGCCUCUACUUCCGGUCUAUACUUACUAUCUACACCUUAUGGACAGAGUUAAUUUUACAAUAAUUCUAUAUAUAUAUAUAUAUAUAUAUAUAUAUAUAUUUAUUUAUUUAUUUAUUUAUUUAUUUAUUUAUUUAUUUUUUUGCUCCUGAACUUCUUCUACUCUCAACCUCUCCGAUCAUUUUCAUGAUGUCCAUCCGGUUUGCUUCUAAAUGCCAUAUCUUUCUAACUGUGCUCUUUCCCAAAAGCUGUUUGUGUGUUCUGUUUAUGAUGGAUGUAUUUGGGGUUUGUCUUGUUGCUUUAUCCCUUCCUCUAAAACCCCAUUCGUUAAGCACUGUUUUAACCAAUUGGCUGGGAGUAUAUUAAAAUAGUCCUGCGUUUUUGUUUUGGCUUUGGCGGGACAGUCUCUGUCUUGUGAUAGGUUUUAUAUUAAGGUGUGGUCUAUGCCAGGUUAGGUAGGCUAUCUGGGAAGCUGGGGAAAAGAGGGAGUGAGUUUUGGUUUUGGCAAUGAGAUUGCUAUGCAUUUUGGGGAAAUUCCCUCUCAAGUUGCUCUUGAGGGGCUGUUGGAUUCAGAACAGAGGUUGUGGUUUGUACGUGCUGAGUCCAACAGGGCUGGGCGAUAUAUCAAAUUAAUUUGAAAGUAUGUUUUAGUGUGAUGUUCCAAAUGCCUGUAUCGCAAUAAUUAACGUUAUUCCCCCCCCACCCCCCGUUUUUAUGAGCGUUCUGUCUUUUUGGGCUUGUCUCCUUAUGUGCCGUGUGCACUGUGCACCUUCCCACUGGCACACAGACACCAAGCCCCUCCCCCUGCCACUCACCACAACAAAAUACAAAAGAUAACUUCUUCCUCACUGACAACAAGCAGUUUAAACUCGCAAUUUGCAUUUUGAGGUUUAGUCCAACAGAAUCGGGUCAUAUGGACAGCGAAACGUUUAGAGACGUCUAUUACAGUAUAAUAAUGAGAAGUUAACCUUUCUAACGAUACCCUUUUUAUGUCUCCCCUCCCAAAAUGUAGAAUUGAGCAGACCCUACUAAAAUAAGAGUAUCAAUGAACAUGAUGUAUGCUCAGUUUCUGUCACGCGCUGCAUUGUGCUACCACAUACCGCUAGCAGCAUUUUAGCCACAGACUGUUAUGUGCUAGCUGUCUGGUCUGUGUUUUUAUAAAUGUGCAAUGAGCAUACAAAUACAAAUUUAUAUUAGGGUUGGGCGGUAUCCAAUGUUCAUACCGUUUCUGUACCAUACUGGGGUAUAUGGUAUUACCGGAUGUGCACACAAGGGGCACUAUUUCAACAACCACCCACAAAACAAUUUAGGCAACCGGGAUCUUGAUCCAGGAGGAGAUUGAAUGUCUCUGCUGUAACCAAGAAACUUGAUUUUGACAUCUAGCCACUUGGCUAGCAAGUUAGCGAACCAAAUGCAUAGCUGGAGCCCUGAGCUGGAUAUAAUUUAUUUGACACAUCUUAGAUUUCUUAUAGUUAUAAGCAGUGGCGUAGUGCACUGCCCCCGCGAUGCGGGUGUUCCCCCAACCCAAAAAACAAAACAAAAGUUUAGAAAAUCAUACUGUCGGUAUUUCGAAAUAUACCGCUUAUACGGUAUAAACGGUAUAUCACCCAAUCCUAAUUUAUAUAAGAAAUUAGCAACUCGUUCUCAUUCUUAGAAAUAAGCAUCUUAUCCCGGUAGGCCACUUGAUUUCAAUAUCUAAACAAAGUGAACAUGUUGUUCAAACAGUUGGAGAUGGACAGGAGAGUGUAUUCUUAACAUUUAAACUGUUCUACCAUGUUAGCAAGCAAAUAGAUCCAAGUUUGCUAGACUUGAAAUAUAAAGUUUUAGCUGGCUACUCAUUAGCACGUGGGCUUGUGAUUUGUUUAUGAGACCUGUGUGAAUUUUCUAUAAUGCCUGCUACAAGAAGUUGGGCACUAUUAGUGAAUAUUCUGGUUACAUUUCUACCAAAAUGGCAUUUUCAUAGACUUGAAAGCCAGAUCAGUGAUUUUGCAAAAAAAAUGCAGGAUAAACUAUUUUGAUGAAAUUAUGAAAUGAUUAGUGUGUCUUAUGGUUGUGGAAGGCUUAUAUUUAGCCUAGGUAUCAUAUUACAAGCCCUGAAUUCAUUAAAUUAUUCUGGACUGUUUGAAAUGUUGUGUUUUGACCUUUAAUUGUGCAACAAAGCUUAUUUAGUGAACAUUAAAAUCUAUAUAUCGCGACUCGCCCAUAAGUUUGAAAAAAUGGCAUAUUUUUUGCCAUAUCACUCAGCCCUAGUCCAACAUCAAUGGUGUUCUCUCUCACUUUGCAGACAGAGAGACAUUGCCUCAUCUUACACCUGCGGGAUGUUGUCGGCUUGUCAGACACACGGAGAGAGAACAGCUUUCCCUGGAGCACGAUCCACGUGUUAAAUCUGAAUGACAUUUAAUCACAACAAGAGCUAAAGGUCUCCUGAAUGGCCCCGUGGCUGUAUAGUGUUAAAUUAAACCUAGCUUAGCUCCUUGUCAACUCUGUUACUGCCCUCUCUUCUCUGAGAGUUCCCUGUCUGUGUAAACCUAUUGACAGCAUCAAAUGAGGUCAGUCUUUGAGAUUCAAAUUUUGUCCUUUGGUUAGUGUGAGGAAGAAACGCCCCACGGAUUUGCCUUUUCCUGAUCAGAAUUGAUAAUUGGAACUGUUUACCUUAGCUGAACAAACCAUGCUCUGUGUGGUCCCUGAGUUGGCCCUCUGUCCUGUGUUGGAGGAGCACAGGGCCUGUAUCCACCAAGCGUCUCAGAGUAGGAGUGCUGUUCUAGGAUCUGUCCAUAUAACUCUUAUUCAUUAUGAGCUAAAAGGCCAAACUGAUCCUAGAUCAGCAUUCCUACUCUGAGACACUUUAUGGAUACGGGCCCUGGUGUGGAGUCAGGCUGCCAUACUGGACUCAUUUCUAUGAAUUGGUGAAUGGAUAGGCUACAAAACGUUUGCUUCUGGGGGUGCUCUUGAGACAAAAGGGUUCCCAUUAAUGGACAGACAUUCUCCUGAAACUAGGCUAACAUACAGGAACUCAAGUCCUUUUGUUCACCCGACCUAGAGUACCUCACAAUCAAAUGGCGACCGUAUUAUCUCUCGAAUUUUCCUCUGUUAUAGCCACGGCAGUUUAUAUCCCCCAUUAAAGCCGAUACCACGACGUCCCUCAAAGAACUUCACUGGACUUUAUGCAAACUGGAAACCACAUCCUGAGGCUGCAUUUAUUGUAGCUGGGGAUUUUAACAAAGCAAAUUUGAGGACUAGGCUGCCGAAGUUCUAUCAACAUAUCGAUUGUAGUACCCGCGCUGCUAAAACACUAGACCACUGUUAUUCAAACUUCUGAGAUGCUUACAAGGCCCACCCCCGCCCUCAAUUCGGCAAAUCUGACCACUACUCCAUUUUGCUUCUCCCUUCCUAUAGGCAGAAACUGAAACAGGAAGUACCCGUGCUAAGGACUAUUCAACACUGGUCUGACCAAUCGGAAUCCACGCUUUAGGAUUGUUUUGAUCACUCGGACUGGGAUAUGUUCCAGGUAGCUUGCGAAAAUAAUUUUGACGAAUACACCGAUACCGUAACUAAGUAUAUCAGGAAGUGUAUAGGAGAUGUCGUAACCACUGUGACUAUUAAAACCUACCCUAACCAGAAACCGUGGAUAGAUGGCAGCAUUCACGCGAAACUGAAAGCACGAACCACCGCAUUUAACCAUGGUAAGGUGACUAGGAAUAUGGCAGAAUACAAACAGUGUAGUUAUUCACUCCGCAAGGCAAUCAAACAAGCAAAACGUCAGUAUAGAGACAAAGUGGAGUUGCAAUUCAUGUGGCAGGGUCUACAGACAAUCACGGGCUACAAAAGGAAAACAGCCACAUCGCCUAUACCGACGUCUUGCUUCCAGACAAGCUAAACACCUUCUUAGCCCGCUUUGAGGAUAACACAGUGCCAACGACGCGGCCCGCUACCAAGGACUGUGGGCUCUCCUUCUCCGUGGCCGACGUGAGUAAAACAUUUAAACGUGUUAACCCUCGCAAGGCUGCCGGCCCAGACGGCAUCCCUAGCCGCGUGCUCAGAGCAUGCGCAAACCAGCUGGCUGGUGUGUUUACGGACAUAUUCAAUCUCUCCCUAUCCCAGUCUGCUGUCCCCACAUGCUUCAAGAUGGCCACCAUUGUUCAGCAAAGGUAACUGAACUAAAAGACUAUCGCCCGUAGCACUCACCUCUGUCAUCAUGAAGUGCUUUGAGAGACUAGUCAAGGAUCAUAUCACCUCUACCUUACCUGCCACCCUUGACCCACUCAGCGAUCACUGCCUCAUUGCCUGCGUCCGUAAUGGGUCCGCGGUCAAAUGACCACCCCUCAUCACUGUCAAACGCUCCCUAAAACACUUCAGUGAGCAGGCCUUUCUAAUUGACCUGGCCCGGGUAUCCUGGAUGGAUAUUGACCUCAUUCCGUCAGUAGAGGAUGCCUGGAUGUUCUUCAAAAGUGCUUUCCUCUCCAUCUUAAAUAAGCAUGCCCCAUUCAAAAAAUUCAGAACUAAGAACAGAUUUAGCCCCUGGUUCACCCCAGACUUGACUGCCCUUGACCAGCACAAAAACAUCCUGUGGCGUACUGCAUUAACAUCGAACAGCCCCCGCGAUAUGCAACUUUUCAGGGAAGUCAGGAACCAAGCUGCUAAAUACACAAGCAGUUAGGAAAAUAAAGGCUAGCUUUUUCAAACAUAAAUUUGCAUCCUGUAGCACUAACUCCAAAAAGUUUUGGGACACUGUAAAGUCUAUGGAGAAUAAGAGCACCUCCUCCCAGCUACCCACUGCACUGAGGCUAGGAAACACUGUCACCACCGAUAAAUCUACAAUAAUCGAGAAUUUCAAUAAGCAUUUUGCUAUGGCUGGCCAUUCUUUCCACUUGGCUACCCCUACCCCGGCCACCAGCUCUGCACCCUCUGCUGCAGCUUGCCCCCCCCCCACCCCGCUUCUCCUUCACCCAAAUUCAGAUAGCUGAUGUCCUGAAAGAGCUGCUAAAUCUGGACCCCUACAAAUCAGCAGGGCUAGACAAUCUGGACUCUUUCUUUCUAAAAUUAGCCGCCGAAAUUGUCGCAACCCCUAUUACUAGCCUGUUCAACCUCUCUUUCGUAUCGUCUGAGAUCCCCAGAGAUUGGAAAGCUGCCGCGGUCAUCCCCCUCUUCAAAGGGGGUGACACUCUAGAUCCAAACUGUUACAGACCUAUAUCCAUCCUGCCCUGCCUUUUGAAAGUAUUUGAAAGCUAGUUAACAAACAGAUCACUGACCAUUUCGAAUCCCACCGUACCUUCUCCGCUAUGCAAUCCGGUUUCCGAGCUGGUUAUGGGUGCACCUCAUCCAGAAGGAGAGGUCCAUACAGGUGCAUCAAAGCUGGGACCGAGAGACUGAAAAACAGCUUCUAUCUCAAGGCCAUCAGACUGUUAAAUAGCCAUCACUAGCCUAUUAGAGGCUGCUGCCUAUAGACAUAGACUAGAAAUCACUUGCCACUUUAAGAAAUGGAACACUAGCCACUUUGAUAAUGUUUACAUAUCUUGUAUUACUCAUCUCAUAUGUGUAUAUACUGUAUUCUAUACUAUUCUACUGUAUCUUAGGCCAUGCCGCUCUGACAUCGCUCGUCCAUAUAUGUAUAUAUUCUUAAUUAAUUCCUUACUUAGAUUUGUGUGUAUUGGGUAUAUGUUGUGAAAUUGUUAGAUAUUACUUGUUAGAUAUUACUGCACUGUCGGAGCUAGAAGCACAAGCAUUUCGCUACACCCGCAAUAACAUCUGCUAAACACUUGUAUGUGACCAAUAAAAUGUGAUUUGAUUUGAUGUCAUUGGACAGAAAUGACACACCUCCCCACACCCAUGAGCAAAAGCAUAGCCUAAGUAUUGUUUGUCUAAAACCUAAGGAUUUCUGUGAUUUUAUGAAAUAAGAAAUUGAUAGUAUUAUAGGAUUAUAUCACAUGUAAAUGAACCAUACAGCCAACAUUCAAGGCAACAUUUGAUUUUAACCAAUUAACUAAACUAGCAACGUAACUUCCAUAGUGUAUCUUUAAGUUUUUUCUUGUGUACAACUUUUUGUCUAUAUCUUAUCUUGCCCUUAUUAUCCCCAGGCUCUGCCCAUGCAGCUGCUGUGUUGACUGGCAUUGGAAUGGAUGCAAUUAUAGCCCAGGGGUGACCAUUGGCCAAUCUUGGUCAUGUAGGCAGGAGUAGGAGAGGAGUCAAUGCUGGGCUGGACGAAAAUAAAGCAAUUGUACAUGAGAGGGCGUGAUAAAUGACUUUGUUUUAGCACGGCUGUGCUGUGGUCAUAGGUACAAGGCGGCACAAAGUACCGUAGAUCAGCACAGCCAUGCUAAAAAAGUUGUUUUGCACAACCUCGAGUGUACAAUAGCUUUUCUACAUUUACAUUUACAUCAUUUAGCAGACGCUCUUAUCCAGAGCGACUUACAAAUUGGUGCAUUCAACUUAUGAUAGCAAGUGGGACAACCACUUUUUUUCUUUUUUUUCUAUGGGGGGGGGGGGGGGGGGGUAGAAGGAUUACUUUAUACUAUUCCAGGUAUUCUUUAAAGAGGUAGGGUUUCAAGUGUCUCCGGAAGGUGGUCAGUGACUCCGCUGUCAUGGGGGAGCUUGUUCCACCAUUGGGGUGCCAGAGCAGCAAAUAGCUUUGACUGGGCUGAGCGGGAACUGUGCUUCUGUAGAGGUAGGGGAGCUAGCAGGCCAGAGGUGGAUGAACGUAGUGCCCUCGUUUGUGUUUAGGGUCUGAUCAGAGCCUGAAGGUAAGGAGGUGCCGUUCCCCUCACAGCUCCGUAGGCAAGCACCAUGGUCUUGUAGUAGAUGCGAGCCUCAACUGGAAGUCAGUGGAGUGUGCGGAGGAGCGGGGUGACAUGAGAGAACAUGGGAAGGUCGAACACCAGACGGGCUGCGGCGUUCUGGAUAAAUUGUAGGGGUUUAAUGGCACAGGCAGGGAGCCCAGCCAACAGCGAGUUGCAGUAAUCCAGUAAAUUCUACAAUGCCCCCCCCCCCCAAAAAAAAAAAAAAAAUAUAGAAUAUAUAUCUAUAUAUCUAUAUAUAUAUAUAUAUAUAUAUAUAUAUAUAUACACACACACACAGUGAGGGAAAACAUUUUUGAUCCCCUGCUGAUUUUGUACGUUUGCCAACUGACAAAGAAAUGAUCAGUCUAUAAUUUUAAUGGUAGGUUUAUUUGAACAGUGAGAGACAGAAUAACAACAAAACAAUCCAGAAAAAACACAUGUCAGAAAUGUUAUUAAUUGAUUUGCAUUUUAAUGAGGGAAAUAAGUAUUUGACCCCCUCUCAAUCAGAAAGAUUUCUGGCUCCCAGGUGUCUUUUAUACAGGUAACGAGCUGAGAUUAGGAGCACACUCUUAAAGGGAGUGCUCCUAAUCUCAGUUUGUAACCUGUAUAAAAGACACCUGUCCACAGAAGCAAUCAAUCAAUCGGAUUCCAAACUCUCCACCAUGGCCAAGACCAAAGAGCUCUCCAAGGAUGUCAGGGACAAGAUUGUAGACCUACACAAGGCUGGAAUGGGCUACAAGACCAUCGCCAAGCAGUUUGGUGAGAAGGUGACAACAGUUGGUGCAAUUGUUCGCAAAUGGAAGAAACACAAAAGAACUGUCAAUCUCCCUCGGCCUGGGGCUCCAUGCAAGAUCUCACCGCAUGGAGUUACAAUGAUCAUGAGAACGGUGAGGAAUCAGCCCAGAACUACACGGGAGGAUCUUGUCAAUGAUCUCAAGGCAGCUGGGACCAUAGUCACCAAGAAAACAAUUGGUAACACACUACGCCGUGAAGGACUGAAAUCCUGCAGCACACGCAAGGUCCCCCUGCUCAAGAAAGCACAUAUACAGGGCCAUCUGAAGUUUGCCAAUGAACAUCUGAAUGAUUCAGAGGAGAACUGGGUGAAAAUGUUGUGGUCAGAUGAGAUCAAAAUCAAGCUCUUUGGCAUCAACUCAACUCGCCAUGUUUGGAGGAGGAGGAAUGCUGCCUAUGACCCCAAGAACACCAUCCCCACUGUCAAACAUGGAGGUGGAAACAUUAUGCUUUGGGGGUGUUUUUCUGCUAAGGGGACAGGACAACUUCACUGCAUCAAAGGGACGAUGGACGGGGCCAUGUACCGGCAAAUCUUGGGUGAGAACCUCCUUCCCUCAGCCAGGGCAUUGAAAAUGGGUCGUGGAUGGGUAUUCCAGCAUGACAAUGACCCAAAACACACGGCCAAGGCAACAAAGGAGUGGCUCAAGAAGAAGCACAUUAAGGUCCUGGAGUGGCCUAGCCAGUCUCCAGACCUUAAUCCCAUAGAAAAUCUGUGAAGGGAGCUGACGGUUGGAGUUGCCAAACGUCAGCCUCGAAACCUUAAUGACUUGGAGAAGAUCUGCAAAGAGGAGUGGAACAAAAUCACUCCUGAGAUGUGUGCAAACCUGGUGGCCAACUACAAGAAACUUCUGACCUCUGUGAUUGCCAACAAGGGUUUUGCCACCAAGUACUAAGUCAUGUUUUGCAGAGGGAUCAAAUACUUAUUUCCCUCAUUAAAAUGCAAAUCAAUUCAUAACAUUUUUGACAUGCGUUUUUCUGGAUUUUGUUGUUGUUAUUCUGUCUCCCACUGUUCAAAUAAACCUACCAUUAAAAUUAUAGACUGAUCAUGUCUUUGUCAGUGGGCAAACGUACAAAAUCAGCAGGGCAUCAAAUACUUUUUUCCCUCACCGUAUAUAUAUAUAUAUAUAUAUAACACACACACACACACAGUGGCUUGCGAAAGUAUUCACCCCCUUGGCAUUUUUCCUAUUUUGUUGCCUUACAACCUGGAAUUAAAAUGUAUUUGGGGGGGGGGGUUGUAUCAUUUGAUUUACACACCAUGCCUACCACUUUGAAAAUGCAAAAUAUUUUUUCUUGUGACACAAACAAGAAAUAAGACAACAAAAAAAAUAGAACUGUACACCAGCGUGCAUAACUAUUCACCCCCCCAAAGUCAAUACUUUGUAGAGCCACCUUUUGCAGCAAUUACAGCUGCAAGUCUCUUGGGGUAUGUCUCUAUAAGCUUGGCACAUCUAGCUACUGGGAUUUUUUCCCAUUCUUCAGGGCAAAACUGCUCCAGCUCCUUCAAUUUGGAUGGGUUCCUCUGGUGGACAGCAAUCUUUAAGUCAUACCACAAAUUUUCAAUUGGAUUGAGGUCUGGGCUUUGACUAGGCCAUUCCAAGACAUUUAAAUAUUUCCCCUUAAACCACUCGAGUGUUGCUUUAGCAGUAUCCUUAGGGUCAUUCUCCUGCUGGAAGGUGAACCUCCGUCCCAGUCUAAAAUCUCUGGAAGACAAACAGGUUUCCUCAAGAAUUUCCCUGUAAUUAGCGCCAUCCAUCAUUCCUUCAAUUCUCACCAGUUUCCCAGUCCCUGCCGAUGAAAAACAUCCCCACAGCAUAUGUUUGCUUAUUUUUUUCUUUAAGCAAUGGCUUUUUUCUGGCCAUUCUUCCUUAAAGCCCAGCUCUGUGGAGUGUAUGGCUUAAAGUGGUCCUAUGGACAGAUACUCCAAUCUCCGCUGUGGAGCUUUGCAGCUUCUUCAGGGUUAUCUUUGGUCUCUUUGUUGCCUCUCUGAUUAAUGCCCUACUUGCCUGGUCCGUGAGGUUUGGUGGGCGACCCUCUCUUGGCAGGUUUGUUGUGGUGCCAUAUUCUUUCAAUUUUUUAAUAAUGGAUUUAAUGUUGCUCCGUGGGAUGUUCAAAGUUUCGCAUAUUUUCUUUUUUUAUAACCCAACCCUGAUCUGUACUUCUCCACAACUUUGUCCCUGACCUGUUUGGAGAGCUCCUUGGUCUUCAUGGUGCCGCUUGCUUGGUUGUGCCCCUUGCUUAGUGGGGUUGCAGACUCUGCGGCCUUUCAGAACAGGUGUGUGUGUGUGUAUAUAUAUAUAUAUACACACACACACACACACACACACACACACACACACACACAGUGGGGCAAAAAAGUAUUUAGUCAGCCACUAUUUGUGCAAGUUCUCCAACUUAAAAAGAUGAGAGAGGCCUGUAAUUUUCAUCAUAGGUACACGUCAACUAUGAAAGACAAAUUGAGAAAAAAAAAUCCAGAAAAUCACAUUGUAGGAUUUUUUAUGAAUUUAUUUGCAAAUUAUGGUGGAAAAUAAGUAUUUGGUCACCUACAAAGAAGCAAGAUUUCUGGCUCUCACAGACCUGUAACUUCUUCUUUAAGAGGCUCCUCUGUCCUCCACUCGUUACCUGUAUUAAUGGCAUCUGUUUGAACUUGUUAUCAGUAUAAAAGACACCUGUCCACAACCUCAAACAGUCACACUCCAAACUCCACUAUGGCCAAGACCAAAGAGCUGACAAAAGACACCAGAAACAAAAUUGUAGACCUGCACCAGGCUGGGAAGACUGAAUCUGCAAUAGGUAAGCAGCUUGGUUUGAAGAAAUCAACUGUGGGAGCAAUUAUUAGGAAAUGGAAGACAUACAAGACCACUGAUAAUCUCCCUCGAUCUGGGGCUCCACGCAAGAUCUCACCCCGUAGGGUCAAAAUGAUCACAAGAACGGUGAGCAAAAAUCCCAGAACCACACGGGGGGACCUAGUGAAUGACCUGCAGAGAGCUGGGACCAAAGUAACAAAGCCUACCAUCAGUAACACACUACGCCGCCAGGGACUCAAAUCCUGCAGUGCAAGACGUGUCCGCCUGCUUAAGCCAGUAAAUGUCCAGGCCUGUCUGAAGUUUGCUAGAGUGCAUUUGGAUGAUCCAGAAGAGGAUUGGGAGAAUGUCAUAUGGUCAGAUGAAACCAAAAUAUAACUUUUUGGUAAAAACUCAACUCGUCGUGUUUGGAGGACAAAGAAUGCUGAGUUGCAUCCAAAGAACACUCAAAUCAAAUCAAAUCAAAUCAAAUUUUAUUGGUCACAUGCGCCGAAUACAACAGGUGCAGACAUUACAGUGAAAUGCUUACUUACAGCCCUUAACCAACAGUGCAUUUAUUUUAAACAAAAAAGUAAGAAUAAAACAACAACAAAAAAGUGUUGAGAAAAAAAGAGCAGAAGUAAAAUAAAGUGACAGUAGGGAGGCUAUAUAUACAGUAAAAUAAAGUGACAGUAGGGAGGCUAUAUAUACAGGGGGUACCGUUGCAUAGUCAAUGUGCGGGGGCACCGGCUAGUUGAGGUAGUUGAGGUAAUAUGUACAUGUGGGUAGAGUUAAAGUGACUAUGCAUAAAUACUUAACAGAGUAGCAGCAGCGUAAAAAGGAUGGGGUGGGGGGGCAGUGCAAAUAGUCCGGGUAGCCAUGAUUAGCUGUUCAGGAGUCUUAUGGCUUGGGGGUAGAAGCUGUUGAGAAGUCUUUUGGACCUAGACUUGGCACUCCGGUACCGCUUGCCGUGCGGUAGCAGAGAGAACAGUCUAUGACUAGGGUGGCUGGAGUCUUUGACAAUUUUGAGGGCCUUCCUCUGACACCGCCUGGUAUGGGGGUACCUACUGUGAAGUAUGGGGGUGGAAACAUCAUGCUUUGGGGCUGUUUUUCUGCAAAGGGACCAGGACGACUGAUCCGUGUAAAGGAACGAAUGAAUGGGGCCAUGUAUCGUGAGAUUUUGAGUGAAAACCUCCUUCCAUCAGCAAGGGCAUUGAAGAUGAAACGUGGCUGGGUCUUUCAGCAUGACAAUGAUCCCAAACACCGGGCAAUGAAGGAGUGGCUUCGUAAGAAGCAUUUCAAGGUCCUGGAGUGGCCUAGCCAGUCUCCUGAUCUCAACCCCAUAGAAAAUCUUUGGAGGGAGUUGAAAGUCUGUGUUGCCCAGCGACAGCCCCAAAACAUCACUGCUCUAGAGGAGAUCUGCAUGGAGGAAUGGGCCAAAAUACCAGCAACAGUGUGUGAAAACCUUGUGAAGACUUACAGAAAACGUUUGACCUGUGUCAUUGCCAACAAAGGGUAUAUAACAAAGUAUUGAGAAACUUUUGUUAUUGACCAAAUACUUAUUUUCCACCAUAAUUUGCAAAUAAAUUCAUUAAAAAUCCUACAAUGUGAUUUUCUGGAUUUUUUUUUCUCAUUUUGUCUGUCAUAGUUGACGUGUACCUAUGAUGAAAAUUACAGGCCUCUCUCAUCUUUUUAAGUGGGAGAACUUGCACAAUUGGUGGCUAAAUACUUUUUUUCCCCACUGUGUAUAUAUAUAUAUAUAUAUAUAUAUGUAUGUAUGUAUGUAUGUGAAUGUGUAUAUAUGUAUAUAUAUAUAUGUAUAUAUGUAUAUAUAUGUGUAUAUAUAUAUAUAUAUAUAUAUAUAUAUAUAUAUAUAUAUAUAUACUUAGAUUGCACACAGGUGGACUUUAUUUAACACAUUUUGUGACUUCUGAAGGUAAUUGGUUUCACCAGAUCUUAUUUAGGGGCUUCAUAGCAAAGGGGGUGAAUACAUAUGCACGCACCUCUUUUCUGUUAUUUAUUUUGUGUAAUUUUUUUAAGUUAUUUUUUUCACUUCACUAAUUUGGAGAAUUUUGUGUAUGUCCAUUACAUGAAAUCCAAAUAAAAAUCAUUUUAAAUUACAGGUUGUAAUGCAACAAAAUAGGAAAAGCGCCAAGGGGGAUGAAUACUUUUGCAAGGCACUGUAUAUAACGUUAUUUUGAUAAAUGUAUUCAUAGGCUACUAUUUCAUCCCUCAACGAAAAUAUAGUUCUGACAUUUAUGGUUUCUAGCCAAGCCGGCUGACCGUUCAUGCUAUCAGUUAGUUUGCCAGAGACGCGACCCAUUCGUUAAAUAUUUUUGUUCUAUAUCUAUGGAUGCGUCCCAGUCGUUCGUUCUAAAUGUUCCGUUGCCAUGCUGGCUGGCAACGCUCUUAUCCCUUGCUUGCUAGCUAGCAAACAACGGCUAACACAGUCAGGUCAAGCAGCUAGAAUAACAGCAAAGUAGCUGCAAUUGUGUUUGUUUAAGCUGUUUUGGAUACAUCCAUAACAAUGAGCUAAUGAUGCAUGAUUUUGCCCGGCAUAGAAAAUGUGCUCUCUCGUCAGGACACUGUUCAGAGGAGCAAGCCAACUACACCGCUAACGCAAUUACUUAAAACUGAAGCUGGUAAGACAGCAAACUAGCUGCAUUAUGCUGAUUCAUGAUUUCAAAUGGCUGAGAAAAGAUGUCAGUCUCGUCCUGACAUUUUAAUUCUCAAUAGUACAGCGGAGAUCGAAUUUCAAUAUUGAAACUAUGUUGCAACUGUCAAGAGACAGAUGGCAACUAUUGUACAGUGCGUCUCGACCAAUCACAAUGCUUGUUUUGACCAACCCGUUGUAGAAGCCUGCACUGCACACCUCCAGGCAGGACCGCUAUUGGACAUCCCUCAAAUAAAUCCUGCUCAUCCUUCCUCUGUGGCUCCUUGGUAACUGACAUGUUGUUUUGUUGUUGACCAACAGGUGCAGUUCCAGAAGAUCCAACAGCUGCGUCAGACCCAGACCAGGGCCCACUACUAUGGAGGCUCCCUGCCCAACGUCAACCAGAUCGGCAACGCCAGCGCCGACUUCCAGGUGAGUCCCCCUCCUCAACAAUCAUGUCCCCUUUUUUUCCCAAAAAUGUUUUAUAUACUGUGUCUUCAGAAAGUAUUCAUACCCCUUGACUUAUUCCACAAUUUGUUGUUACAUCCUGAAUUCAAAAUUGAUUCAUACAUUUUUUUGAAUCCCAACCAUCUACACACAGUACCCCAUAAUGACAAAUUGAAAACAUGUUUUUAGAAAUUUUUGGAAAUGUAUUGAAAAUGAAAUACAGAAAUUAAUUACACAAGUAAUAACCUGCCCAGGGACUGCGGUUGAAAAUUAGCCGGCUGGCUAAAACCGGCACUUUUACUGAAACGUUGAUUAAUGUGCACUGUCCCUGUAAAAAUAAACUCAAACUCAAACUCAAGUAUUCAUACCCCUGAUUCAAUACUUUGUAGAAGCACCUUUGGUGGCGAUAACAGCUGUGAGUCUUUCUGGGUAAGUCUCUGAGCUUUGCACACCUGGAUGGACAAUAUUAGCCCCAAAGUCUUCAAGCUCUGUCAAAUUGGUUGUUGAUCAUUGCUAGAGAACCAUUUUCAAGUCUUGCCAUAGAUUUUCAAGCAGAUUUAAGUCAAAACUGUAACUCGGCCACUCUGGAAUAUUCACUUUCUUCUUGGUAAGCAACUCCAGUGUAGAUUUGACCUUGUGUUUUAGGUUAUUGUCCUGCUGAAAGGUGAAUUCAUCUCCCAGUGUCUGGUGGAAAGCAGACUGAACCAGGUUUUCCUCUAUGCUUUUGCCUGUGCUUAGCUCCAUUCUGUUUAUUUUUUUACCCUGAAAAAUUCCCCAGUCCUUAAUGAUUACAAGCAUACCCAUAACCAAUGUUCCCUCUAAGCUGCGUGCAGUAGCCCCGAGACUGCCUCGCAGCUCCCCAGGACUGCUGCGCAGAACAAAUAUCAGUCCACGGAGAGAAGCACAAGAUUGAACUUCACUCAACUUUCUAGAGUUUUCCCUGUUAGUUAACACUAUUAACCUUUCCCUUUACUGUGGCAAUUGUGAUUGAAUCAACGCAAUAUUAGCCACUUUCAAUGCAACAUACCGAAACAAAACAAACUAUGCAAGAGAUUUUGUUGUUGGCAGAAAGCAUCGGAGUAGGAUUGUAUUACACACGCCUCAGGCCAUACUCUACACAGACCGGUGCAGCGUAACCAAUCAGAGCUGCAGUAGUCCUAUAUGCAAAUAGACCAUUGCCAAAUAUGGAUCUGUGCCAUUUACUUUGAACUGGACUGUGUUUACAGCUGUGGUCAUGAGUAGAUGCGCUUGUGUUGAGAUCAAAGCAAGAGCUGCAUGUAGCCACGUGUGCAUAUUUUGUUCAUAUCCUUGGCUAGUUAGUGAGUUUUUAGCCCAGUUAUAGAUAAUUUUUUUGUCUGGAAUAGGGGUAUGAAGACAUCUUUGAAAAGCGAGUAGGUAAAGAGCUUUUUUGUGUGCUAAAGGGGAAGUGUUGUAUUUUGAUACAGGCUUGAAUAAGCUAAGUAGCCAAUAGGCAGAGGGUAGUAUAAUCUGUCUGAUUCUCUGUAGAAAUGGUAUGGGAAUAAUAAUGCAUUUUAUUUUAUAAAGUGGUUUCUUCCAUCAAACAACACCAACAUUUUCAGUCACCUCCUUGUCUGAAGGACAUGUGGAUAAACAUGUUAAUGUCAAGCCCUGCAUGUUUUUUUUUUCCAAAGGUCUCAUGGAAUGUAGGCCUACGUUGAACACCACACAUUGGCUGCUACUUUAGGCUGAAUGAUAGAACGGCUAUUUCCAUGUAAAAAUGUUAUGGGAUGCAUUUUUCCAUUGUUUUUUGACGCUAGGCCUCUGGUAGGCUUACAUUAUGAUCAAAUAGCCACAGUAGCUUUGGCCACUGUUAAAACUGUAACUUAAAGUGGGUACAGCCUCACUGUUCAUAGUGAAAGCGCACUGGAAGUUGCACAGAAUAAUCACAACGUUCAAGUUUGCGUUCAGCAGAUCUGAAAUUUGCUCAGUGCCAACAUUUUUUGGAGGAAACAUUGCCCAUAACAUGAUGCAGCAACCACUUGAAAAUAUAGAGUGUUACUCAGUAAAAUGCUCUAUUGGAAUUGCCUCAAAUGUAACACUAUUCUUUUUUUUUUUGCAGUAUUACUUUAGUGCCUUGUUGCAAACAGACUGCAUGUUUUGGAAUAUUCUUACUUUGGAUAGGCUUCCUUUUCACCCUGUCAAUUAGGUUAGUAUUGUGUAGUAACUACAAUGUUGUUUAUUCAUCCUCAGUUUUCUCCUAUCACAGCCAAUACACUCUAACUGUUUUAAAGUCACCAUUGGCCUCAUGGUGAAAUGUCCUUCUUCUCCGGCAACUGAGUUAGGAACGACGCCUGCAUCUUUGUAGUGUCUGGGUGUAUUGACAUACCAUCCAAAGUGUAAUUAAUAACUUCUCCAUGCUCAAAGGGAUAUUCAAUAUCUGUUAGUUUUUUUUGUUUGCGAGGCAUUGGAAAACCUCCCUGGUCAAAUGUUUGAAAUUCACUGCUUGACUGAGGGACCUUACAGAUAAUUGUAUGUGUGGGGUACCGAGAUGAGCUAGUCACAAUCAUCUUAAACACUGUUAUUGCACACAGUUCAUGCAACUUAUGUGACUUGUUAAGCACAUUUUUACUCUUGAACUUAUUUAGGCUUGCCAUAUCAAAGGGGUUGAAUACUUAUUGACUGAAGACAUUUCAGCUUUACAUUUUGUAUUAAUUUGUAAACAUUUUCGAAAAACAUAAUUCCCCUUUGACAUUAUGAGGUAUUGUGUGUAGGCCAGUGACAAAUCUCAAUUUAAUCCAUUUUAAAUUCAUGCUGUAACACAACAAAAUGUGUAAAAAGUAAAGGGGUUUGAAUACUUCCUGAAGGCAUCGUAUUUAUUUAUUUAUCCAGACGGUACAGUGAGGGGAAAAAGUAUUUGAUCCCCUGCUGAUUUUGUACGUUUGCCCACUGACAAAGAAAUGCUCAGUCUGUAAUUUUAAUGGUAGGUUUAUUUGAACAGUGAGAGACAGAAUAACAACAAAGAAAUCCAGAAAAACGCAUGUCAAAAAUGUUAUAAAUUGAUUUGCAUUUUAAUGAGGGAAAUAAGUAUUUGACCCCUCUGCAAAACAUGACUUAGUACUUGGUGGCGAGACCCUUGUUGGCAAUCAGAGGUCAGACAUUUCUUGUAGAUGGCCACCAGGUUUGCACACAUCCCAGGAGGGAUUUUGUCCCACUCCUCUUUGCAGAUCUUCUCCAAGUCAUUAAGGUUUCGAGGCUGACAUUUGGCAACUCGAACCUUCAGCUACCUCCACAGAUUUACUAUGGGAUUAAGGUCUGGAGACUGGCUAGGCCACUCCAGGACCUUAAUGUGCUUCUUCUUGAGCCACUCCUUUGUUGCCUUGGCCGUGUGUUUUUGGGUCAUUGUCAUGCUGGAAUACCCAUCCACGACCCAUUUUCAAUGCCCUGGCUGAGGGAAGGAGGUUCUCACCCAAGAUUUGAUGGUACAUGGCCCCGUCCAUCGUCCCUUUGAUGCGGUGAAGUUGUCCUGUCCCCUUAGCAGAAAAACACCCCCAAAGCAUAAUGUUUCCACCUCCAUGUUUGACGGUGGGGAUGGUGUUCUUGGGGUCAUAGGCAGCAUUCCUCCUCCUCCAAACACGGCGAGUUGAGUUGAUGCCAAAAAGCUCAAUUUUGGUCUCAUCUGACCACAACACUGUCACCCAGUUCUCCUCUGAAUCAUUCAGAUGUUCAUUGGCAAACUUCAGACGGGCAUGUAUAUGUGCUUUCUUGAGCAGGGGGACCUUGCGGGUGCUGCAGAAUUUCAGUCCUUCACGGCGUAGUGUGUUACCAAUUGUUUUCUUGGUGACUAUGGUCCCAGCUGCCUUGAGAUCAUUGACAAGAUCCUCCCGUGUAGUUCUGGGCUGAUUCCUCACCGUUCUCAUGAUCAUUGCAACUCCACGAGGUGAGAUCUUGCAUGGAGCCCCAGGCCGAGGGAGAUUGACAGUUAUUUUGUGUUGUCACCUUCUCACCAAGCUGCUUGGCGAUGGUCUUGUAGCCCAUUCCAGCCUUGUGUAGGUCUACAAUCUUGUCCCUGACAUCCUUGGAGAGCUCUUUGGUCUUGGCCAUGGUGGAGAGUUUGGAAUCUGAUUGAUUGAUUGCUUCUGUGGACAGGUGUCUUUUAUACAGGUAACAAGCUGAGAUUAGGAGCACUCCCUUUAAGAAUGGGCUCCUAAUCUCAGCUCGUUACCUGUAUAAAAGACACCUGGGAGCCAGAAAUCUUUCUGAUUGAGAGGGGGUCAAAUACUUAUUUCCCUCAUUAAAAUGCAAAUCAUAGUAUAUAAAUGUUUUUACAUUGGUUUUUUUGUUGUUAUUCUGUCUCUCACUGUUCAAAUAAACCUACCAUUAAAAUUAUAGACUGAUCAUUUCAUUGUCAUUUGGCAAACGUACAAAAUCAGCAGGGGAUCAAAUACUUUUUUCCCUUUUUUAUAAAAUCAGAUGAGGUACCAGGAAGUGAACCCCGGUCUCUGGCGUGGGGAUAACUUGUGGACUAGAGUUGACGGUGUUACACCCUGAGCCAAACUCAGGCACUGGGUACCAUGACCCGUCAGUAAUUUUAAUAUUCUACAAGUCUGGCAAGCUAGACUAAGUAGUAAGGUACAACAGUGUUAUGGAACUUUUGGAUAUAAAUAUUUUAUGUACGGUAAGGUCUAAGUUUUCACUGCUUGGUAUGGACUUCAAGCUGACAGAGCAUGUUCCCCUGCUGUAGCAGAUAAAAUGGCUAGAUCAUUUUUGUAAAUUAAAAACAAUAUUAAUGUAGACUUACAGGGAUACUUCUGCAUUUUGGGAAUGAGGCCCUUUAUCUACUUCCCCAGAGUCAGAUGAACUUGUGGAUACCAUUUUUAUGUUUCUGUGUCCAGUAAGAAGGAAGUUGGAGGUAGUUUUGUGAGUCAAUGUUAACUAGCGUUAGCGCAAUGACUGGAAGUCUAUGGGUAUCUACUAUACCUAGGCCUCCAUUCGACGUGUUUGGUCAUUACUUCUAUGGCCAAUUAUUUUUUUUAUUCACCAACUAGACAUUCAACCAAGAAAGGGCCGCAAGAUUGGGUUGAGUAGCCCCAUUGUCCUCGCACCCAGCAACAGCACACAUGUACAUUUACUGUAAAAACCACAGUAUGUUUGAUGCACAUUUACCGUAAAAACUACAGUAUGUGUGACAGUUUCUGGAAAAGGAGACUCGCCUUGUCUCUGUUAGGCAGUAAUUACAAGGUCCCUCUCAACAAAUCCAGGCCAGACCACAAUGACCCCCUAGAUGCACACGCACAUGGCGCUCCGCACAGUACAGUACAGCACUAUACUUUCAGAAAUUCAAAACAGCAAGCCUCUCUUGAGAACUCCAACUAAAUAAUUCAGAUGUUAAUCUUACCCAGACAAGCAACAACAAAAUACAGAGAUCUGUUCUCUGGCUUUGGUCUGUCUCGUUCAGCCCCAGAAGAAACACACAGAGUGGGUGAAUGUGAUAGCGCUGUAGCUGCCCACGUGGGAUUGCUUGUAUUGGUUUCAGUCCUCAGAGGAUAGAGGGGAGAGCGCUAACGUUAGCCUAGAUGUGUAUUCUACAAUACAGUAGCUCCAGGUAAAAGUGCCCUUGUGUUGAAGAAUGGCUCUUUUGAGGGGUGGGAGCAGUGAUCUCUGGAUCUAGUUCUGCAUUCCAAAUGGUACCCUAUUCCCUUUUAUAGUGCACUACUUUAGACCAGAUCCCUAUGGGCCCUGGUCAAAGGUAGUGCACUAUAAAGGGAAUAGGGUGCCAUUUGGGAUGCAGGCCUAGAAACCAGACUUGAUAUCACAGUAGAAAAACAUAGCUCUUUCCCCCUUAGGGAUGCUAGUACAGGUUUAAUGGACCUGGCUGCACUUGAUCCUAAUCAUUUGUUAGUGCUCAUUGUAACAGUAGGGAUGUCCUUUUGGUUAGGGUUUGAGUGUUUUAAUGAAUGAUAUCUGUCUGAAAUCAAGGAGUAAAAGUAGGUUGUUAGUCAUGUAGUACCUACACACUGUAGACAGAAUUAAAGCUGUUAUUUUUGUUCUUGUCUGUCUCUCUGUCUGCCCCAGUCGGUUUCUCUGUCUCUCUGUCUCUCAUAAUAGUAUUACAAAAGUGAGAAUAAUAACAAUAGUAAUACUGGUACUAGUUGUAACAUCAUUACUAAUCAUGGAAUAGUAAUAGCAUGGAAAAGCUUAUUUAGCUACAGACUGUCCCUCAGGCUGUGGCAGGAGACCAAGUAUUUGGCUGCCAAAACAUUUUGGUUCGUCUCUCUCUCAUAUUAACAUCCCCCCCCUCUCCCUCUUCCUCAGGGUGGCUUCCCAGGGGCCUUGGACAGUGUCAGGGGGACACGUCACCAUGGCCUGGUGGAGAGGGUGCACCGGGACCGCAACCAACGCAUUAACUUGCCUCACCGCCGGCCCAUCGACAAGCACGGACGGCAGAUAUCCUUCCACUACCACAAGUAG